GUAAAUCUAUGCAAGUUCGUCUCAACUAACUUCGACCCUCUAAAAUUCAACCACCACGAACUAGAAUCAAGUUUCAUUAAUUCUAACCCUGUUUUGAUCGGAAUUUACAGUGCUGUAAUUUGACACGUGUAGUGUACGAGGAGAGGAUUUUCAGUCCCCAGGUCAUCCCACAGGACGCGCAGAAAUCAAGCAGCAAUACGAUGGAGUUUCACGUGCCGUGCCUGUGAGUCACGACACUGUGCAGACAGAGAGUGGGUUGGGACUUAAAUGCACGCUUAGCUGCUGUUGACAUUACCGUAUAGCAUCUCAAUUAAGUCAAGAAUUUUAUACAAGAUAUGUAUUGUAGCCCUAAUAGCUAUUUUUGAUUGCUGAUUUUACCCCCCCCGCCCGCGCCCCCCAACACACACUUGAGCUGAGCAGCUCAUUCGUGGCUGCGGGCUGCCCCCAAUCCCCACUCCACCCCUCCCUCUACUCUCGUUGAACAUAAAAAUUAACUUUUUCUCCUAAAACUGUAUUCCUUAAACGGGUUUCUUGGCCUAUUUGCCAUUUUUUUUAGCUGGGAAUGAGGUCAAUCGAGCAAGUAGGAACGACAGGGAUGGCUCAAAGAUUCAAUUUUUAUCUUCCAACCGUGUUACUGCUUCUUCUUUGCUUGCAGGAAUCUUGUUGCACCUCGUUGAGUUUACUCAAAAUUUCUGUGAUUAAGGAUAAUACAAAAGAUGUACUUUUGCCAAAUACUUCCCCUACUUCAAGUCCUCAGCCCUUUCUUCCUGUUCUUGCACCUUCUCCAUUGAUACCAUUCACGAAUAGCACUGUCCCCAAGUUAUCCGGACUUUGUACCUUGAACUUUACUGUCAUCACAAGCAUGAUGCGAGUGACAUCUAUUGAUUGUAUGGCUGCAUUUGCACCAUUUCUAGCUAAUGUUGUGUGCUGCCCGCAAUUGGAAGCCACACUAACAAUUCUGAUUGGUCAAUCUAGUAAAGAUACCGAUUCACUUUCUCUAAAUGGGACUCUUGCAAAACAUUGCCUUUUGGAUUUUGAGAAGAUUCUGGUGGGUCAGGGGGCCAAUGAGGAUCUAUUUAAGAUAUGCCCUAUUCGUCCGUCAAACCUUACGGAUGGUUCUUGUCCGAUUAACGAUGUUAGUGAGUUCGAGCGCACGGCGGAUUCAGCUAACCUUCUUGCAGCCUGUGGGAAGAUUGACACUUUGAAUGAAUGUUGUGAGCAAGUUUGUCAGAACUCAAUAGUGGAAGCUUCUAGAAAGCUCGCUGAAAAGGCUUAUAAUCUCACGAGCCUGGAUGGAUCCCGCAUGAUGUCUGACCUUUCAACUAGGGUUAAUGAUUGCAAAAAUAUUGUCCUCAGGUGGCUUGCUAGUAAACUUGAUCUUUCUCAAGCAAAAGAAGUUCUUCGAGGAUUGUCUAGUUGCAAAAUUAAUAAAGUUUGCCCUCUGAAUUUCCCCAACAUGAGCCAUGUCAUAAAUGGCUGCAAUGAUGGAAUAAGUAACCAGACAGAAUGCUGCAACGGUGUGGAGAGCUAUGUGUCUCUCCUGCAAAGGCAGAGCUUCAUCACCAACUUGCAAGCUUUAAAUUGUGCUGCCUCACUUGGAGUAAAAUUACGGAAAGCAAACAUUACCAAAAAUGUUUAUACCCUAUGUCAUAUUAACCUCAAGGACUUCUCCCUUCAAGUAGGUACACAAGACUCGGGAUGCCUUUUGCCAAGCUUGCCAUCAGAUGUAGUAUUAGAUAAAUCGUCAGAGGUUAGCUUCGUCUGUGAUUUGAAUGAUAACAUUCCAGCACCAUGGCCUUCUACAUCUCAAUUAGCAGAUUCGUCGUGCAACAAGACUGUCAAGAUUCCCGGACUUCCGGCAGCAGCAUCCGUACAAAGCAGUCGACACAGUGUAAGCACAAUGAAUUUUCUUCUGCUUUCUAUGGUCUAUGCUGCUCUCGUGAUCAUGUAAAUAUCGAUAGAGUUCGAUCUUUGAUUGAAGGUGAUAACAUAUUUAUUGCAUUCGCGAAUUUAGUUCAAGAAGUUGAAGGAAAAUGUGCUAAGUUCUGCAUGAGGAUUCAGUUCCAAGAGAUCAAAGGAAAUUAUUUAAAAUUCCCGUUUAAAUACAAGUCUUUACCUCAGUUAAAAAACGACUUGGAGGUGAUUUGUAGUCAAAUUUUCAUUUAUUUAUUAGUUUAGAAUUUUUGUGCAAUAAAAUUUUACUAUAAGAUUUGGAAACUCAUGCAAGUAUUCCAACUUGAUGUUCUUGUAUAUUUAUAGAGAGAAAAUACAAUAUAAUUUCUUCAUUUUCAGAUGAUCUUGAAAAUUGAAAUACUGUACCAGCAAUAACUAAUGAUAUUGACCCAUUCUUUUA